AUGAGUUCUACUGCUAAUCAGAAACCUACCAGAUUCUGGAGUAAGGUAAAGUCAUCAACGAAAUCGAUUUCCUCGUCUUUAUCCCAACUUUCCAUUAAACAAGAACGCGAUGGCGACACACCAACAACAACGGUGGUGCACAAGGCAUUGGUCAAGUUUUACACUCACAGAGAGCCAUUUGAAGGAUUCCCAGACUGGCUAGGACAUAAAGAAGAACUUCCUGACGAACAGAAGGUUCUUAGGAAGCAAAAACACCAUCAUCAUGAUCCCAGAGCUGGCAUCGCAACUGUCACGCCAAAUGCUUUGGAUAAAUCAGAUCGACCUGCUGUGGCGCCCCAUGCAACGGCAGGGUCUAAUUUCAGAGACAUUUACAGGAGCUCAACUUCCUCUGCAAGCUCAAGAACGGCUCCGUCAAGCUCACCAGGCGCUGCACCAGUGCCACAACAGUCGCUUGGUUCUCAGGAAUCACAUCCUACGCUCUCGAAUCAAAGAACAUCUUCUAUGCUGAUGCGAGAAAGACUAAAACGCAAAUAA